UUCACAUCUUGAAGUAAUUGUAAAAAGAAAACAGUCAACUUAGUUUGAUGUUUAACUCAAAUUUUUUCUGCAGUCAUUUAAUAGCUCCAUUACUUUAGGUGGCACUGCUACAUCCACAGCUACUUCUCAGUCACCAAUUCCAAGCUAAAGAAACCUACGUUUUAAUGAAUUUCAACAAACUGUACCAAAUAACAAGUACAAAAUUAAAGUAGACUCUAAAUAUAUUUGCCUGUUUAGAAUUUGAAAUGUCUGGACUAGAGCAAUUGGACAUUCCAGAAAUGACAGACGUUGAAGAUGACACAGUCGACAUUCGAAUUGAUAAAUCAAGGGUCGCACUCUUAUUUUCUAAAAGCAAAGUAUGUAUCCAUCCAACGACAAAAAUUAAAGACAAUAUCUCUGGAUACUUAUCUCUAUCGAAAACAAAAACAAAUUCCGGAACUCCAUUAACCGGUAACGACAUCUUGCUUUCUUGGGUUCCAGAUUCGUUUUUAAAAUCAAGACCAAGAGAUUUAAAUGUAUUCCGAACGGCUGAAGCGUCUACUGAAAGCGAUCUUAAGCAACUGGUAGAGAUUCCCGAUCAUUUGGAUUAUUCGUUUUCAAUUCGUUUAAACAGUAUUUAUUCUAUACUAUUUCGUCCUCCUAAGUAUGGUUGGAAUUAUGGAAGCAUUGUCAUCAAUUUGCGAAACAGUGGUGAAAGUUUACCACCUUUGUUCUUCCACGAUGAUGAGUGUUCCAGCACGAUUGAGUAUAGUCGACGUAUCGCUAAAGAUCACUUUGAUCCCUUUGAUGAAAAUGGUAACAUCUUUUGGGGAGGUACACAUCUCAUUAUGCACUUGAAAAAAUACAUCAACCUGGAACACUCAACACAUGAACCACAGUUAUACCUUGUGAACCCCAGUCCGGAAGACACACUUGCAUUUCAAUCUCAUGAUUUAAGUCAUGUAGAUUCGCCAACAAAACAAGGUUUCAGUGACCCCGUUCCUUCUCCGAAAAAGUCACAAUCCUAUUUAAAUCCCUUUCGUCGUGCUUUCCAAGAUCUCUCAUUUACUGUUUUAGAACGUUUCAGUCGAGUCACGAAUUAUGGUAAGUCUGAGGUGGAUAAAUUAAUGGACCAUAAAGUAACAAAAUCAUUGCUCCCGCAUUUUCCACGAGAGGUACAGGUUCUAUUUGAAUCCAAGCGUCUCCAAAAUUUAACUGAGGAAUAUGAUCCUGCUCGCAUCUUUCUUGCCAAGUGGGCAGCUGGGGUUGUCGAGAAUUCUGAUACAAACAUUACUAACGCUACCUCUGAUGCUGGUUUGCUGUCUGAGCAACAGCAGGAAGAGGAUUCCUCCUUGGGUCCUUUCGAACUAGUGUAUUUUGAUGAACGUGUUAAACGAGGUGAGCCGCUCAGUGUAGACCAAUGGAAGAGUUCGUUUAACAGCGAGGGAAGAUUAAUGGUGAAUAUCGAUUACCUACUUGGUAUUAUUUUUCAUGGAGGCAUGGUUCCUUCACUGAGGAAGGAAGUAUGGCCUUUUCUACUCGAUAUUUACCCAUGGGAUUCUACUGAACAAGAACGGAAAGCUCUCUAUCUUAGUCUUCAAGAUGAAUACAUCAGAUUGAAAAGACGAUGGUAUGAUGAUAUACCCCGACAAUUCAAUGAUCGAUCAUUCAUAGAACAAAAGAAUAGAAUUGAAAAAGAUGUUCAUCGAACUGACAGACAACACGAGUAUUUUCAAGAAGAAGACUUACCUCAUCCUGAUCCUCAGUCAACCUUUACAGGUACUAAUUUACAUAUGGAAAUGAUGAAAGACAUGCUCCUAACUUAUAACGAAUAUGAUACGGAACUGGGCUAUGUGCAGGGAAUGUCAGAUCUACUAUCCCCAAUUUAUGUUACAUUCAGCGAUAAUGCCUUGGCGUUUUGGGGGAUGGUCGGAAUGAUGAAGCGUCUUCACCAUAAUUUUCUGCGAGACCAAUCUGGUAUGCAACGCCAGCUAGAAACUCUACGACAAUUGAUUCAGCUAAUGGAUAAAGAAUUAUUUAUUCACUUGGAAAAGACAGAUUCAUCAAAUCUCUUUUGUUUUUUUCGUAUGCUAUUAAUAUAUUACAAACGCGAAUUUGACUGGGAAAUACUUUUGAAACUUUGGGACGUUCUUUUCACGAAUUAUCUUUCUUAUGAUUACCAUAUAUUUAUUGCUUAUGCCAUUGCUGAACGGCAUCGCGAAGUUUUGUUAAACCAAACGCACGCAUUUGAUGAAGUACUGAAAUAUUUCAAUGAGCUUUCAGGACGUAUUGCUUUAGAGCCGACACUUAUUUGUGCUGUACAUUGUUUUUACCAAUUCAAACAAACGGUAUCUUUGAUAGACCGCAAAAGACAAGAACAAAAUGAAAACAAUGAAGAAGCAUCAAAAUCGCUUCCUGUCAUAACCCCUUAUUUAAGAAGCCUUUUAAGCAAAAAGCCUCCACACUAUGGAGGAACGAAUAAUUGAAUGAAUCAUUACUGUUGGGUUAUGCUCUUAAUUUGUGACAAUAUUGGAUUAUAUCUGAUUUCUAUUAAACUAAAGACUCAAUCAUCCAUAGUUAAUAAUUUAAUACUUACGUUUCGGAUUUGACCGAGAACUGAAUUUUUUCGCCGGAGACCUUUUUUUCUGAAACGCUUUUAAUUUCUCCUUUUGUUCUUUUUCUUUUAAAAUUUUCAUCCGUGUUCUCCUUUUCUUGCUCGGUCUCCACCGUGAUUUCUUUUUACCAUCAUCGACUUUAAU